UACUGGCAGAGUCUGUUUAGUGCCUUGUGUAUCAGGGAGGGGAGUGUGGUCGGACUGUUUGCUGGUAAACGUAGAAACGGCAGAAGAGUGGAGUUUGUGCUUGUUUAUCUGCUGAGAAUAGACAGAGUGGAGAGAAGCGGGAAGCCAGGGACAUGCCUGUUAGGUGACAACCCCACCCCCGAACUAAAAAAAUACAUAAGUGUAACUGAGAAGAACGGGUCAGAUUCUGAGCCAGUCGAAGUGUUUUUUUGCUGGUUGAAGGCGCAAGAGCAGACUAUAAAUCUUUGAGAUACUUCUCGAGGGGAAACUCGUUUUGUGCGAGAAAUAGACCACAGCACGAAAUGGAUCAUAGCCUGAAAAACUUUGAUUAUCAAAGAAUAAAUGGAACUAAACCUCAUAAGCCGGUCAUGGCAAAUUCACUGAGGCUGAAAAAAUCCUCUUUCCCUAAAAAGAGGAGGAAGAUUAGUCGUGUCGGCGUAAAGGGAAAAGGGCAGCUGAAGCUAUCAGUUCAUCUUCAAGAUGGGGCGAUUGCUGUUCACAUUAUGGAAGCGAAAGGGCUUAUGGGGAAAGAAUACCAUGCCUGCGAUGCUUACAUAAAGUCGUCUGUGGUGCCUGAUAGCGAUCGCAGAAGCAGACAGAAGACAAAAACUGUGCCCGAGUGCAAAAACCCAGUAUUUCAUGAAUAUUUCACUUUCCCAUUGCAGGAGUCGGAUGAACAAAAGAGACUACUUGUCACAGUUUGGAAUAGAGAUAAAAAUUCAAGAUGCAGUGAGCUACUUGGGUGUAUGAGUUUUGGAGUGAAGUCACUGAUUGAAUUCGAGAAGGAGAUCAAUGGUUGGUACUAUCUGCUUGGAGAGGAUCUAGGAAGAACUAAGCACUUGAAGGUGGCCACACGUCGCCUUAAACCCACCCAAGGUCCUGCCAUGAAGAAUUCUCUGGCAGAAAAUGAGAAUCGAGGCACUGAAGAUAUGCUGCAAUUGAAGGUCACCAUCCCGCGAGGCAGAGACGGCUUUGGCUUCACGAUCUGCUGCGACGCUCCUGUUCGUGUACAGGCUGUGGACCCAGGUGGCCCAGCGGACCAGUCUGGUCUACAUUCCUUGGACACUCUGCUGCAGCUGAACGGGCAGCAAGUGGAGCAGUGGAAGUGUGUGGAGCUGGCUCAUGCAAUAAGAAAUUGCCACAGUCAGAUUAUUGUUCUGAUCUGGCGGCUGGUUCCCCGCUGGAAACCCAGCUUCGAGCGCUCGAUUCGAAGACCCUCCAGCAAGUCGAGUCAGGAUUGGCAGUCCCCGCCUCACAAGCGGGAGAAGAACUGCAGUAACCCGGCGGGAUUCCAGGAGCACCGGGAGAGUUGCCAUGUCGUGUACGACGGUACGGACGGAGUGGUACUGAACAGCUGGGAGCGGCGGGAGGAGUUCGACAAGUGCCUGCUGAAUGGAGGCUUGGUACCCAACACUACAGCCGAGGGGGACAACAUUCUCAUUCUCUCCCCAAUAAAGCACGGCACCCAGAUUCUGAGGCCAAUACCGCAAGAUAACCAUAUCAUUUAUGCAAAUGUAAGCAAAGGCAGAGUCCAGAACGGCCCAGAGAGGAAGCAGUCCCUGAUAGGGACCUCAGCAGACAUCUUGAAAACCACCGUGCAAGCAAUGAAGAGCCAAGGGAACUACAUGAACUGCACCAUUGUCAGAUCGCAUCUUCCCCGUGCAAACUACGGCACCUGCUUACCCCUGGCUCCAAAGAUCCUGAUUUUCCCUCUCUUUGUACAGCCGCUGGAUUUGUGCAACCCCACACGGUCUCUGGUCCUUUCCGAAAACGUCCUCUUUCUCGAGGGUAAAAGUAAACCUCUCAAGGUUUGUGUUUUCAUCUAUACUGACUUGAUGCUUCUGACCAAGGAGGAUGGUCGGGGCCACUGCAGUGUUUUACAGAACCCUCUUUUCCUACAGAACAUGGAGCUGGAGCAAGGUCCAGCAGAGGAACUCCAGUUUCAUAUCACAUAUUCUGAGAAGUCGCGGAGUAGCUUAAGUUUGGAAGCGUACACCACAGAACAAAAGAAGAAAGUGUGUCAAUGUUUAAUGGAAUACAUUGCCAAGCAGAAGCACGAUCAAUAUUCAGCAGUCACUGAGGCAACGAACAAGAUGCUCGACCCAAAAUCAGACGAGCAACCUGAGCUGCUGCCCGAGGAGAAAGUUCCCGCCAACGAUCUCCAGCCGACUGAUGAAGGAGAGGUCGGUGGCCAGAAGCUCCCAGAGAAAGAAGUGGCUGCCGAAGGGGAAAAUGAAAGCCCAGAGGAAGCGAAAGAGCUUGUGGACAAGCGAGACAUCGGUGAGUCACAGGCUCCCCGGCGGCUGCCGUUCAACAUACCCGAGGUCAGGCUGGACACCACGUUUGCCCAAAGUACUGAAGAUCUGCCCACUCUAGCCAUCGAUGGCGAUGAAGAUGAUGAAGAUGAUGAAGACGAUGAUGAUGAUGAUGAUGAUGAUGAUGAUGAUGAUGAUGAUGAGGAGAGUGACGACUGCUGUCUGGACGCUUGCGGAGCUAAGCGCCGCAGUAUGAUCGAGACGUCGGACUGCGAGAAGCACUGCACCCUCUCCAUCCAGAACUCCCUGCGUCGGCGGACACAUAGCGAGGGCAGCCUGAAGCAGGAGCCCAAGUCCCAGUGCUUUAAAUCCGACAACGCGCUCAACUGUGUGGGGUGCGAUGGUCAGAAAGGAAAAGGGAACUGGGCCCCACCCUCCCCAAAGACCCUCAAGAAAGAGCUGGCUAAUGUGAAAAACGGCGGCUCCAUGCAUCAACUGUGCCUCAUCUUCUCUGGACGCAGGCAGACGACAGGAGCAGAUUCAAACCAUGGCUUCGGUGAUGCUGAAGAUGGCUCCAAGAAGAAAAAGUCCAAAAACCUAGCCAAAGAUAUGAAAAAUCGUUUGGGAUUUCUGCGCCGUCGCAACGAUUCCGGCUCGGGUGGUAACGCCGCCAAGUUGGACAAAGUCGGCAAAACUGUGAAACCCUCGUAUGAAGAAGCCAUAAAAUGGGGAGAGUCUCUGGAGAAACUUCUCAUCCACAAAUACGGUUUAGCAGCAUUCAGGGCGUUUCUACGCACGGAAUUCAGUGAAGAGAACCUGGAGUUCUGGCUGGCAUGCGAGGACUACAAAAAAGCCAAGUCGCAAUCCAAGAUGAUCUCCAAGGCCAAGAAAAUAUUUGGGGAAUAUAUCGCCAUUCAGUCCUGCAAAGAGGUUAAUUUGGACUCGUACACAAGGGAACACACCAAAGAGAAUCUGCAGAAGGUCUCGCGAUCCUGCUUUGACCUUGCGCAGAAAAGGAUAUACGGACUGAUGGAGAAGGACUCUUACCCACGGUUUCUCCGGUCGGACCUGUACUUGGAUUUGAUAAAUCAGAAGAAAAACAGCCCGCCGUCGUAGAUAGACACAUCUCUAUCCCCGACAGCCAUUUGGGACAAAUUAAAUGUUGUGUUUACAUUAUUAGAGUUGAGAUAGGACCGUCGUUGAUCAUCUCUCUGAGACUUUGAAACCUUCUCCAACGGAUUGAACCCAGAUGAGGGUCUUGGAGAUGAGUGGACCUGGACUGGGCUUGACAGUCAGGGACUGUUUACAGCAAAAACCUGCUCGGGGGUCCCAGCGAACAUGGGAUAACGUUGGGUUUCCGUUCCUUUAUCUGUGCUUGUUGUGCAAACGACAGCAGCAAGACCUGCGGGAGCCACACGCGGCCAAACUAGUUAAUCUUUGUUCUUCCAAGACGACGUAAUAGACUCAGCUUUCAUCGUGCGGAGCAGCAAUGGGCAACUCUCCCCGGGAGGAGGUCCCUGGACCACGGACACGGAGAAAGCCAAAGUAAUUAUUAAAAGCUGUGCUUUCAGGAACUGCCCAGAGCUACUCUAUCCAGGUCUUGACUCUGCCUCGACAUGCUGUGUAGGACUUAGAUGGUGACAAGUCUGUUCCAAGAUACUACAUUGAAAGAAGCUUUCCGCAGAUGGUGGUGUGGGACCACCCAUAUCCCUCUGUGACUCUAUAACCAUAGGUAGAACCAAGUGCUCUUGCAACAGAAUCCUAUUAACAGCUUUGUCGUGUGCCAGGGGAAGAGUGAGCUAUUUAUUUCUAUAACCAGAUGCUUGAUGCAUUUCCAUUAGGAAAUAUUCCUUGUUUUCUUCCAUGUGUCGAAGUGCAAUAUUUCAGAGGUGUUCCUUUACCUUUUUGGUUAAUUAUGUAUCAUUUGUAAUAUUGUUUUUCUGGAGGCUGUACAAAUUAUGUUGAAAUCUAUAUUUACUGUUAACGUUUAAUUGCAAUUACUAUCCCAGCAGCGGGCAGCUGGGAUAUUCCGACUGUGUAUAUAGUUACUCUCAAAUUUUUUUUUGAGUUUAAGGUUCCUAACAUGAGACGGUAGAUAAAUAAAUGUUGAUAUCGAUAUAGUCUCAGUGCUAAAGUGCGGGGACGGGGAAACAGCUGGGGAAAUGUUCCCUCGGGCCAUUGUUUGGGCGACAUUGGAUUUGAGGAAAGCUUGUGGUCAACUUCCAUUGUUUACAGUGCAGUUUCUCCUUGAAGCAAGAAGCCGACCAUUUUAUCCCGGCAAGUGGUAAAUAAAGAAUUGUCAAAGAACAAUU